AUCAAUAACGAGUUUUGAGGUCAAAUUGGCUUACCGUUUCAAGAAUCCACCACGAAUCACAGAUUUUUCUCGCAAAAAAUGGAUUCCCGCGCCGCCGAGAUGGAUAUUUAUAUGCAAAAAUGAAAUCACAGCCUCAAAGAUUUGUAUUCUUUUUGUGGCCACAAGUUCACGCACACGCCACACACAAAAACAAAUUAGAUUUCUAUUGCGUAUAAGCAAAUCAUUACUAAUUAUUACUAGUUUUGGAAAGCAGUUGAUGGCCGCCGCGCGUUCUCUGGUGACGCCUCACGUGAUCGGCUCUACCGUAUUUGAACUUUCUAGAACCGCCUCCUACAUCGGAGCCCCGUUUCCCGUCCGGGUAUCCACUCGGAGCCACUGCAUUUCCAGCCCGGUCACUGCUUAUGUAACCCGUCGGCCUCCAGAAGGGCCCUCCUGCAUAUUUGUUGGACCCAUCGAAACCGCCAGCCAAGAAACCCUCGAAGCGCUCUAUAGUCAGGCACGGGAUGCGUAUUAUAGUGGGAAACCUUUGAUAGUGGAUGAUAUGUUUGAUAGAGUCGAGUUGAAGUUGCGGUGGUAUGGUUCAAAGUAUGUGGUGAAAUACCCACGAUGCAGUCUCAGACGGCAAUCUACUUAUGCUGAUGCUGAGGAAGAUCCUUCACAGGUUGUCGCUUUAGCAAGCAUAUGGUUCUUGAUCCUUGGUUUUGGCUCUUCAGCAUGUCUUGUGCCUAUACUCUACACCAUUUGUCAAGCUUAUCAAGAUGCAAUUGAUUCUGGAGUUGUUUACGAAAGUCAAGCUUCUGUGUUGGAGUUUCUUACCACGCUUAAUGGCACUCUCCUAAUAUUAUUGGGAUUCCUGAUUGGCUACCCAAUUGCAUCAGCUUCAGUUGGAGCACUUCAAAGGCUUUGGAAUAAUAACCUGGUGGCUUUAAAAGGUGCAUGCCCUAAUUGCAGUGAAGAGGUAUUUGCAUUUGUUAGGUAUGAUCAGUCCGAUAGUUCCCCUCAUAGAGCGGAGUGUCAUGUAUGUGAUAGCUGCUUAGAAUUUCGCACUAAGGUCGAGGCUCUGGAGUAAGACAUUUCCUUGGGGUCGUUCCCCAACAGAGAGAGUAUGAGAGGGAUGGCUGUGCAAGGGGAUGAGGUUUGGGCACUUCGUCAUACCUGAAAAUACAUUUUUCCUUCUUGGGACUGGGAGAUGGGAUGUAUGUUUAUCACUUUAUUAGCAUGCUCGUUAAGAAGUACCAAUUAGCCAUUAGACUCCUCAAGACUUUUUGGAGACUUAGGCAGAUCUGUACUUUUUCUGUGUCUUCAUUACGGCUUAUUUGUAGCAUAUUAUACCAGUUGUUUUAGGUUGUCGCCUGAGGGUAGUUGAGAAUGAAAUUCAUGUGAAUUUUUUUGUGACUCUCGAAGGAAUGGGUAAACUGGAGUUUCUAUAUUUUUACACAGUUGUUAACAUAGCAUGUUUUUUAAGUGCUGGCACAAACAAGUGAACCUCUUCUUUGGAUUUUUAUUA